CAACGAAGGUCCUCACACAGACCGAGACCGAUCAGCAUGAUAAGGCAUCAUGUGGAGUGUUCCUGGCCAUCGCGAACUCCAUCUCAGGGUCGCUGCAUCUUGGAACUUCGGAGCGUCCGAUAGCCCGCACGGCGGAGCGGCGGCAUGCGUAUAUGAUCUAGCGCACUCGGCCGCGGCGCGUGCGCGCUGAGCUUAGCUUUGCCCUCCGCCCGUCUCGCCUUUCGUUGAAUGCGCUCUCAGAGCGAUACCUCCUUCAUCUACAUGAACCAUGGGAUGAUGGCGGCCGACUCCAGCCUUCGAUUCUUUGAUUCUUCGCUCAAUGAGACAGCUUACUAUGAUAUGAAGGUGGCGGACGUGCAGCAUGCCAUGGCGACUGUGUAUGUCGGGAUUUUUGGAUUCACAGUUCUGGUCUGGGACCAUUUCUUGACGUUUUCCGAUGAGGUUGAGAUAGUAUGGAAAAAGCGCAAGACGCUCAUGUCUUAUCUGUUUAUUGUCAAUCGUUAUGCCACCCCUUUCGGCUUUAUUGUUAAUCUUGUCGCAUACACAUAUCCUUCGUGGAGUGUUAUCUACGAACCGAUCAUGUCCGAGAUUGGCCAACAUGUUGCAGGGUUUAUGAUGUUUCAGAGAGUCAUGGCGCUGUACGGGGCUUAUCAUGUUGUAUGUCUCUUUUUGGCCCUUGUAUAUGCCGCAUGGACCAUAGUUGCUCUAUGGUUGGUAGUGGGUGGAGGGGCGGUUAUGCACACGUCUGCCGUUCAUUCAUGCACAUUUCAUUACUACGGAAAACCUGCGGUCAUGGCGCCAAUCUGCGUCUGGCUCCCACUUCUGUACGACACAACUGUGCUAGCGUCUAUACUGAAGCGCACCCUUCCUUACCGUCCGCAUAUGAACGCAAACACUAUCUCACGAACAAUGGCUACCGAUGGGAUAUUAUACUACGGGUUGAUCUGUACCGUCAAUGUGCUACUUGUGAUUAUGAUCGAACGUGCACCAGUUGGGAUAAAGGAUCUUCUUGGACAAAUACAGUACCUAUUCGUGAUCACAAUGACGUCUCGCAUCACUCUCAGCUUGCCCAAAAGCUAUCACAAACUCACGCUGGGGGGCUCGAAGGCGCCUUCACGGUGGGAGAACAUUACGACGCGGACUAUGCCGUCACUCGAGUUCGCUACAGUUGACGAGAGCAUACGUGGUUCGGUAGAAGAUCUCGAGUUGACAGAUACAUGUCCUAACGAGGCUUCGAGGGCUCUUACGCCGGUUGAAGAAGAACUCGAGGCGCUGGCCAGUGCGAGCCCUAGUCUUCGCGUCAUAUACCUUCAAUAUGCCAAAGACAUUGAAGAGAACGCAAACAUCUGCACUCAUGACGCCGAAGGCAACGAUAGGUCGCCGCUUUUUGUGACGUCCGAGCACCCGAUAGCCCGCACAGUGGACUGGCCGCAGGUACAUACAUAUGACCUGGCGCACUCGGGCGCGAUGCUCGCUGAGCUUCACCUUCUGCCGCCUUCCCCGCACCUUCAACCUGGCACAUUCUCCACCUGUAUGACCCAUGGGAUGAUGGCGGCCGACUCCAGCCUCGUUCCGUCGCUCAAUGAGACGGCCUACUAUGAUUUGAUAGUGGAGGACGCGCAGAUUGCGAUGGCAACCGCAUGCGUUGGGAUCCUCGGAUUUACAGUCCUAGUCUGGGACCAUCUCCUGACGUUUUCCGACGAGGUGAGCCAGUACGCUGCCACCCCCUCUGUCACUUACAUUCGUGGGAAUGCUGCGGCCAUCCAAGGUCGAGAUAGUAUGGAAGAAGCGCAAAACGCUUACUGCGAACGGUUCAUUAAGUAUGAACCGAUCAUGUCAGAGAUUGGUCAACAUAUUGCGGCGUUCAUGAUGUUCCAGAGAGUCAUGGCAUUAUACGGGGCUUAUCAUGUUGUAUGCCUCUUUCUGAUUCUGGUUUAUGCCGCGUGGACCGUAGUCUCAAUCUUGUUGAUUGUGGGUGGAGGAGCGGUCAUGCAUACACCUGUCGUCCACUCAUGCACAUUUCAGUAUUACGGAAACACUGCAGACAUGGCGUCUAUUUGCGUCUGGCUCCCACUUUUGUAUGGCGCAGUCGUGCUCACUUCCGUACUGAAGCGCACAUUCUCUUACCGCCCGCAUAUGAACGCAAACACGAUCGCGCGUACAAUGGCGACCGACGCAAUACUGUUCUACGGGCAAGUCAGGAUGCUUACAAUUUAUGCUAGGAGUAUUGACUCUCACUUUGACUUACAUCACAGGCUGAUCUUUACCGUCAACGUCAUGCUCGUCAUUAUGGUGGAACGUGAACCACAUGGGCUGAAGAACCUCCUCGGACAAUUGCAGUACCUAUUCAUGGUCACGAUGACAUCCCGCAUCACUCUCAGCCUACCCAAGAGCUAUCACAAGCUCACGCUAGGAGGAUCUCAAGUGCCUUCGCGGUGGCAAGACCUUACGACGAGAACUAUUCCCACCCUCGAAUUCGCUACAGUUGACGAAAGCAUGCGCGGCUCAGGAGAGGAUCUUGAGUUGGCGGAAGUUUCUCCUCACGGGGCUUCGAGUACCUUCACACUAGCGGAAGACGAGUGCGAGGCACUGCCCAGUGCAAACCCUAAGCUUCGGACAAGUGAUAUCUAACGUAGCAUC